UCCAGUAAGAAGGAGAAAGAGACACUCGUCAGAGUCAAAGUGCAUCUACACGCAUGUUUCUCGGUUUAAAUGGGACCUUGGAUACUUUGAUGUACCUCAUGAUUACCAUGACAGCCAUUGGACUUCCAAGCAGAUUCUGAACUACUCCAAGGAUGAUUGGCACAAAGUACUUUUUUGUGCCGAGGAUCUAAUCCAGUCCAAAUGGUGAAAUAUGUCAAUCAUGGCAAAUUCUGGCUUCAGACGAAGACUUCUCUGGACAUUCCUUAUGACUAGCUUUAAACUGUAGACUGAAAUAUGGACAAUCGACCUAUGGUGACUUUAGAAGAACAGCUGUCAUCAGCGUCGCAGGAGCUCCCCAAAAUGACUUUCUCUGUAGAGCUUUUACAGGCAGACUCAACCGUGGAAAAAAGUCCAGUCCUACUAGAUACUUUCUUAAAGAGAGAUCGCCAUUCAAUAAGUCUUGAAUCUGUUAUAGAUGGAAAUAUGGUGGCCCAAACACAGUUUGAGCUGAAGAAUGGAAAUAUAAUUGACCAGAAAGUCAGUAAAAGUUCAGCCGAGACUUUCAGCCAAAUUACACCAGAUAAUAGACAAAACAGACAAAGCUCUAUUGUAGAAGUCAACGAGGGUGGACCUUGUCUUAUUUUGAAUACACUUACAAAGGAAAAAAUCCUUGAUACCACUGUGACAAACAAAUACAUUGAAGAUCAAGGCACUUCUGCUUGGAUAUCAAGCACAAAACCUGAGCUAAUUGGUAGUUGUCAUGCACAGGACAAGGAGACAUUGGUCAAACAUUUGUUGAGUGCUAGUCCAAUGGCUAAUAACCAUGACAUGGACACCUCCAGAACUUCCUGUACUUUCUCUUUUUUGUCAAUCAGAUCCAAUUCUGACCCCAUCUACAAAUCUGCAUCCUCUCCAGUGAGCCCCUCCCACCUUGUGCACCCUCAUUCAGCUCCUUUGCCCGUCUCUAGAAGGCCAGAUAUUCCCCGAAUCAUCAAACACAAGCCCAGCUCCAUCACCUUUGCAGAUUACGACAGCCUUUCUGGUCUGAUCCAAAGUGCCCAGGCCAAUGUGAGUUCAGAUGUUUCUGAGAUAUCUACUGAAGAUGAAAGUUGUGAUGUGGUCUUCCAUGAUAAUGGUGAUGAGGUGUUCCCUGAAGUACACAAAUUCAAAGAGCUUCUUCCAGGCUUCAGACAACAGAGGAGUAGUGGUUGGGAGAAGCAAAGGAGGGAAGGAACCUGUGGAGAGGCGAGUGGAGAAGGAGGCUCCACCACCAGUCUUCCACCCACGAGCGCCAGCAGUAAUGAGGCCGAGGAGGAGAGCAGCGGUACCGAGGAGUCUCCGCAGGUCCUGUCUCCAUGGUCUGAAUCAAUGACUCAGCUGAUGCGAAGAUUAGAUCAGCUGAACUUGGACAUAGAGGAAGCUCUCAGUGCUGGCUCCUCCCCCUCUGACACACCCAGCACCGCCCGCAAACACACAGCCAGUGACAGAGAAUUCCUGCAGAGCGGAGCUGCAGGGUUAAGCCAGACCCUCAAAUACAGCAACAUGGCCAGAAGAACAGACACGAGGGAACGCCACGGCCAAGAGAGACUCACAAAAGUGGGAGCCGCCUUCUCUCUGGGGAAAUCACUUGGUAAAAAGACAGAGAUGUCCAUCAAGAAGAGGCAUGGAGCUGCAGAAAUCGAGGCGAAGGAAGCUUGUGACUGGCUGCGGGCAGCAGGUUUCCCCCAGUACGCCCAGCUCUUUGAAGAUUCUCAAUUUCCUAUUGACAUAUCUCCUGUGAAGAAAGACCAUGACUUCUUGGACAAAGACCUAGUGGAACCUCUAUGCCGGCGACUGAAUACGUUAAACAAGUGUGCUUCUAUGAAACUUGGCGUGAACCUUUCCAAGAAAAAAAGUGAAGACUCAGAUGAAGAUGACCUCUUUGCCAUCAGCGACAAAUGGACUUUUGAAUGGAGCAGUCGCCGUUGGUCCAGGCUCCAAGACAUUGACUGCCUUCUGAGGGGUGUGGAGAACAGGAACCUAGCUGAGCACUCUGCGUUGCAGACAGCAACCAGCAGCGAGAGCGUUCUGACCGACCUGAGUGAACCGGAGAUUUCCUCAAUCCACAGCGAGAGCAGUGGUGGUAGUGGUGGCAUUUGUGCACACAGCGCGGAAGACUCCGAUAGCUCCCACCGCACCUGUUCGGACUCAGUAGCCAUGCCAGACCACACGUCACUGGGAGUGAACCAUCUCUCUCCUGAUCUUACAAGCUAUGACUCGCUGCCUGGAAAGCACAGCAAGCGAGGACGGACGCAAGCUAAAGAAUUCUUACGCCGUAUGGAGGCUUUGCAGAUACGGGGAGCGAUGGGGGGUGGAGGACACAGGAAUCUUGUUAUAAGUGCCCCGGUUCUGCAACAGGAACCCGAGGCAGUGAAAACUCUCCACUGUGUGGAGAUCAUCAAUGGAGACAAGCAUCUGGUAGAGCUGCCCUCUGGGAUGGGGUUGACAUCUCAGUCCAGUAGUGAAGGAAGUAGCAGCCAGUCAAGUGGAAGUGCUGUCAGUACUCCAAACCUCAAGGAACGCAACAUCCAUCGGGCCGAUCACAAGCGCAGUGGGAUGUACCUGGAAGACCUAGAUGUUUUCUCCAGCGUCAUCCAGGGUAAGCGAAUAGCUGAGCAGAACCGUCGCAACGAGUUUCGCUCCUACGAAGACUUAGUGGUGCAUAUUCCUAAAGACCACAAGCCUGGAACCUUUCCUAAAGCUCUUUCCAUAGAGAGCCUUUCUCCCACAACGGCAAACUCCAUUAAUUGGCAUUCGACAAGCAUGGACUUAGAAGUCCAACGUCCACCCAGCAUCAAAGAACCUCGGCCUAUCACCCAGUGCUGCUCCCAAGGCAGUCGGAUCAGUAUUUACGACAAUGUACCUGGGUCGCACCUCUAUGCCAGCACUGGUGACCUCAUAGACUUGGAAAAGGAAGAUCUAUUCCCACAUUUGGAUGAUAUCUUACAGCAUGUUAACGGGCUUCAGCAGAUCGUGGACCAUUGGUCCAAGAAUGUACUCCCCAAUAGUGAAAAUGUAGGGCAGGACCAAGUGGAUCUGGACAGAGAUCAGAUAGGGGGCCUGCAGUCUUCCAGCCAGAUAAUGCUGGACUUUGAGGGACACUCAGCGCUGGAGGGUCAUGCUACACCCAGUGAUGGAGACAGGGAUGGGGUCUCACUUAAUGAAAUGGAAUCAACAGGCAUGAGGGAGAGGAGGGAUUCAGGUGUAGGGGCUUCGCUUACCAGACCAAACCGCUUGCGAUGGCCCAGCUUCCAGAUUUCAAACCGCCUCAGCCAUUCAGUUGCCUCACUCCAGAUCACAAGCCAAUCUGCAGCCCAGCUUAGCCUGCUACAGAAAUUUUCCUUGCUCCGUCUCACUGCCAUUAUGGAGAAGUACUCCAUGUCCAACAAACAUGGCUGGACCUGGUCAGUGCCUAAGUUUAUGAAGAGGAUGAAGGUUCCAGACUAUAAGGAUAAGAAUGUGUUUGGUGUUCCACUGAUUGUGAAUGUACAGCGCUUUGGUCAGCCACUACCUCUCGGUGUACAGCAGGCUCUGCGAUACCUCAGAAGCCAAUGCCUUGACCAGGUGGGUCUUUUUCGCAAGUCGGGGGUGAAGUCUCGAAUCCAAGCUCUCAGACAGAUGAAUGAAAGUUCUCUAGAUGAUGUCAACUAUGAGGACCAGUCUGCUUAUGAUGUGGCAGACAUGGUCAAACAGUUUUUCAGGGAUCUACCUGAGCCUCUUCUGACCAGCAAACUGGGUGAAACUUUCCUCCAUAUUUAUCAGUAUGUGCCCAAAGAGCAGCGCUUGCAAGCCGUAAAGGCGGCAAUCAUGUUGAUGUCAGAUGAGAACAGGGAGGUACUGCAAACCCUACUCUGCUUCCUCAGUGAUGUCACUUCCUCUGUACAGGAGAAUCAGAUGACACCCAUGAACAUUGCAGUGUGUCUGGCACCCUCACUCUUUCAUCUCAACAUCCUUAAGAAGGACAAUCUUGCACCAAGAGCUAUGCAGAUGCAGAAGAAGUAUGCCACAGGGAGGCCAGACCAAAAGGACCUGAAUGAAAACCUGGCUGCCACUCAGGGCCUGGCACACAUGAUCACAGAGUGCAAUCACCUGUUUGAGAUUCCACACGAAAUGGUGACCCAGUCAAGGAACUCCUACGUGGAGGCCGAGCUUCAGGCUCCCUCGAUUGAGGAACUCUGCAAGCAACAGCAUCAAGAGGAGGAGGGGGAGGAUGAAGGCUCCUGGCCUGCAUUCAUGGAGGCCAGACUACAGGGACUCCUCAAAGAAGCCCGGGAGAAGGCCAAAGGCUGGGUGUCCUGCCAGAGCACAGGCAAUACUGAGCUGUCAUAUAAGAAGGUAGGUGAUGGGAACCCGCUGCGGCGUUGGCGGGUCUCGGUGGAGGUGGAGGCCCCUCCAUCUGUGGUUUUGAACCGUGUGUUGCGGGAGCGCCACCUUUGGGAUGUGGAUCUUAUGAACUGGAAAGUGUGUGAGGUCCUCGACAGACAGACAGAAGUGUUCCAGUAUGCCCUCAACUGGAUGCCCCCCCACCCCAGCAGAGACUUUGUGGUGCUCAGGUCUUGGAGGACAGAUCUGCUGCGGGGGAUGUGUUCUCUGGUGUCCGUGUCAAUCGAGCAUGAGGACUGUCCGCCUUUAGGGGGCAUCAGAGCAAUAGUGAUGGAAUCGAAUUACUUGCUGGAGCCUUGUGGCUCUGGAAAGUCCAGACUCACCCACAUAUGCAGAGUGGAUCUGAAAGGGAGAACCCCAGAAUGGUAUAACAAAGCAUACGGACACCUGUGCGCCGCCGAAGCCGCCCGUAUUCGCAACUCUUUCCAGCCAAUCCACACAGAGGGUCCCGAGACAAACAUUUGACCCUUUCUGUUGUGCAGUGAUUGUCCUGUGACUCUUAAAAUGUUAUAAGGAACAUCUGCAGCCCUUUGGCUUUCACACAAUGGGACAGGCCUGGGUAUUAUACACCAAAACGGGAGUGUUGUCAAUUUACCAAUGUACCUUUAGCUUGACCAUUUGUAAUAUGAUGACAUUGUAACUAUUGUUAUUUGUAUUAUAAUUAAUUAUUUUAUUCUUUUUUAAAUGUAUAUGAUCUUAUACAAUGUAUAGGACACCUAAGCUCUUAAGUGCUUCUGGGAAGCAUGUAUUUUAUUGAAUUAAAAUAAAUAAAGCUAUAUUUGCACAUGCAUGCACCACAUGUCCAUGUAUGUUUGUUUUUGUGUAUGUAUGUGUGUACAUACAACUUAUGUAUAGA